AUGGAUUAAGUAAAUUAAGCAUUUAAAGAAUUGUAUUUUUAAGGAGAGUCUUAUGAAAAUGUAAAAGAUAAAAUUGAUCAAUGUCCUUAUGAUGAAGUUGCCUCUCUUAUGGAAAUAUAUGUAAAAAAUUAUCUUGAUGUAUUAUAUUAUUAACAAAUAGACAGUACAAAACAACUUAUUCUCUUAUAGUUACAAUGAUCAAGAUUCAGCAAAGUUCUAUAUUGAAUAAUUGAAUAGUCAUUGGAUAAGAAUAUAGAAUAUUGGAUAAGAAUUAGGAAAAUACUAAUAACUAAAUAAUGGUUUUAGAGUAAUUUUCAAAAUAAUUUAGAUUUAAGAAUAUCAUCGCAUUAAGUUUUAAGAUAGGAUAUUUUUAGAUAAUAAGAUUAAUUUUGCAUUAAGAGAGAUAUGCAGAAUUUAUAAAUUCAAUUCACUAAUAGAAUCUCAUUUUGGCUCAAUUGUAUUUUAAUUUUUCAGACCAAAAAUAACAACACAUUAAGAUCUUAUGACUAAUUGGCUUACCUAUAGUUAAUGUGAAUAAGGUAUAGAUGAAAUAAAAGAUUUUGAAAGAAGACUUGAAUGUGCAAUGACCUAUUUACCAGAUAAUGAAAAAUAAUAACCUAAAUUACCUCCAAAUUGGGAAAAGAAUAUGGUAAAUUUAAUGAAAAAGAAAAAGAAGAAAAUAUGA